GAAACGCCUCCACCUCACUCCCAUGUCCCAUCUCCUCUUUAAAUAAACCCCACUCUCCCCGCCCCCUUCUUCCCCACCACCACCUCCUGUGCCAUCCCCGUCUCCUCCCCUUCAUCUCGCUCCUCGCCAGAACCCCACACCCCCAGCCGGAUCAAGGCGGCGCGAUGCUGGAGGAGGCGAUCCCCGCGCUGUGGAGCGCCGUCCACGGGUUCUUCACCCCCGCCGUGCUCUUCGUCGUCCUCAACAUCGUCAUCGGCACCAUCGCCGUCACCUCCAAGGUCGCCGCGCCGGCGGCCGGCGCCGCCGAGGAGGAUGGCGCCGCUGCUGGGGCGGGCGCCGGAGGCGGGCAGUACCGGAAGCUGUCUCGCGUGCCCUCCAUGGCGUUCGGCCGGCUCCGGUCCUUCAACCUCUCCCGCUUCGCCGCGCCCGCGCCGGAGCCCGCCGUGGUCGGGGCGGUGGAUCUGGAGUACGAGCAGGCCCCAGCGCCGGCGGUUGAGAAAGACGAACCCGUGGUCCAGCGGGUGGUUGAGCCGGAGCCGGAGCCGGAGCCCGAGACCGAGGAGGAGCCGGAGCGCGAGCACGAGGACGCGCACGCGGCGGCGCACGUGGAGAGGAGCUGGUCGGAGGCGGCGGCGCAGGCGGAGCUGCCGCGCCUCCCCGCGCGCCUGCUCAAGUCGGCCAGCGACCGGUCGGCGUUCGCGCACUUGGAGGCCGACGAGGUGGAGGAGACCGUGCGGGCGGUGGAGGCGCGGCGCCCCGCGACGACCAGGGAGGGGGCGCGCCGCGCCCCCGCGGCGGAGCCGGAGCCCGAGGAGGAGGCGGAAGAGGCCGGCGCCGGCGGCGAGGUGGACGCGCUGGCGGACGCCUUCAUCAACAGGUUCCACCACCAGCUGAAGCUGCAGCGCAUCGAGUCCUUCAUCCGCCACCGGGAGACCGUCCGCCGCGGCCAGGCGGCCGCCGGGGGCGUCUAGGCAGGUGGCAGCCCGAGCCGACCAAUGGCGCCGGGCUAGAUGCAAGACACCGAGCUGCGAGAGUGAGAGGGCAGAGGAAGAAGACGAAGAGAAGGCGUGUGGGAGGAUUGGAAAGAGGAGGAUGGUAACUCGAUCCGGUCCUCGUUCUUGUUCCCCCCGAUCCGAUUUGGUUUCUUUUCUUUUUUCGCGUUUCCUGGUGGCUAGCACAUCGUAGCUCCAUGAGUUUUGGAUAGAGCCCCGCGCAAUGUGGGCAUCCUCAUCCUCAUCGCCACGGGCAUCGCAUCUUGUGAAUGAACCGAUAAAGGAAGAACAAGCAACCCGUAGCUAAGUAAGUUGCUGUAAAUUAUCGUCUGUCUUUGCAAGUGUGCCUAAAGCGUCCGCGAGUUCUUCA